UAAUUCAUAGUUAUAUAGAUGAAGUUUUCCGCUACCUUAAUUGCGGCAGCAUUGUCUGUUGCCAAUGUUGUAACGGCUUCCCUCACAAAUGGUGAGCUUCAGACCCUUGCACGUGGUCAAAAGCACAAUGUGAUUACGGUCAACGACGCCAACUAUGACGACAUUCUUAACGGCCCUCGUGAUUACCACUUGGUUGUUCUUAUGACCUCCACUUCUCCCAAGAUCAACUGUGUAUUGUGUAACGAAUUCAAGCCCGAAUAUGAAUUGGUAGCCAGCUCAUGGGUGAAGGACCACCCUAAUGGCUUACUGGAGGCUGAAUUGGCAGUAGAAGGAGACGCCGACGCCUUGGACGUCAUUGCUCCAAAGAAUGUCUACUUCCUUUAUUCAGAAUUCAUGGAAUCAAGAAAGUUCUUCAACUUGUUCCUGUUGAACAGUAUCCCCAAGGUGUUUUACUUCCCUCCAUCUACUUCUACCAAGCCCAAUGCUUACCAAAAGGAGUUUGUAGAAUACCAAUUCUUUGCUGGAUCCCAUCGUGAUUUGCUCAUCAAUUGGAUGUCCCAGAUCACUGGUCACAAGUUCCAGAUUCAUAUCCCUCCUGACUACACCCGUAUGGCCAUCAAUGCAUUUGGUACGUUUGCCUUUGCCCUUCUUGCAUACACCUUCAGUGCUCAAAUCCACCGGGUUAUUAUUUCCAAGGUGUUAUGGAGUGCUUUCUCCUUGGUAUCCAUUCUUUUGCUCAUCUCUGGCUACAUGUUCAACCAAAUCCGUGGUGUACCAUACGUUAGAGAACACGACAACGGUAAGGUUGAAUAUUUCCAACAGGGACAACAGGCUCAAUACGGAGUAGAAACUCAGAUCAUGUCCUUUGUCUAUGGAUGUUUGAGUUUAUUUGUGGUUGUCUUGGUCAAGAAAACUCCUGAGGUUAAGAAUGCAAAAGUUCAAUUCUUGACGGUGGUUAUUUUCAGUGCGUUCAUUUUCAUCUUCUACAGCAUUUUGGUUUCCAUUUUCCGUGUGAAGAGUUAUGGUUACCCAUACAAGCUUUUAAAUAUUUUCUAGAUUACAAUGGAGUAGUAGAGU